ACGCGCUCUCGGUAUGGUCUAGACUCCAAAGAAACGCGCAUCGGCCCACCUCGAUCGCAUCAUUAGCUCGGCAAGCUUUCGCUGCGCUCGAUCGUUUAACAACUCGCAUACUCGGAAAGGCCUGUGUCAACGAUUAUUCUUAAUUGUUUAGGAGUUCUUCUCUUCUUCUAGAUUCCAACUAGAGCCAAAAUGAUUUGCUACGUGAGAACGAUAGUAGCGAUACUACUGCUGAUCAAUCUAUGCCAGGCCAACUCGAUCCCCAACGCCGCCUCGUCGAUGUCCUUGAUGUCAGCCGAAGCCGAGGAUCUGAGCUCGAUCGAGAUACCGGUCCGUAAACAGCGCAGCGGACAGCCCCAGCAUCGGCCGAUCGUCGAGCUGGUCCUCGGUGUCCUGGACACCUUCCACUCGUCGGCCAAAUCUGAGCUCAACCGAAUCAAGGCCAGACACGCCCGAGCUAAUCAGGCCUACGAAGCUGCUAUGGCCAUGAUGAGCACCACCGAGACGCCAAAGUCCCUCUUCCAGAAGUUCCUACCGCCCACUCCGAGGAAGCGACUCGUUACGCCGAGGAUUUGAUCGGCAUUCGCGUUUCGUACACGCGGAUUGUUUUUAGCGUUACGUAAGCUUAACGUGAGAAUAGCUUGUGUACGGCUAUUGUAUCGUGUGAGAUACUUUUUUUGCGUGUUAUGCAUAUGCGAUGCUUUGUAAGAGUUGACGAUUUUUUAUAAUACCUGCUUCGUUUACUGUAAUAUGAUAUUUAUACUUUUUUAUAGAAAAAAAAAUACAAUAAACUAAUCACAA